UGUGAUAUGGACAGUAGUUUAUGGUUCUUCAAAUCAAGAUAAUUGAAUCCUAAUGAAAAGAAAAAUUUCUCUCAUAAGGCCAUCAUUAUGUGGGUGUUCGGAUAUGGAUCUUUAGUAUGGAAGGUAGAUUUUCCAUUCCAGAAAAAAGAAAUUGGUUACAUUAAAGGUUAUAAAAGACGAUUUUACCAACACAGCACCGAUCAUCGGGGAACAGUAGAUAACCCAGGAAGAGUGGUGACGUUGAUACCUAGUGAUUCUGAGUCUAAAGUUUUUGGGGUUGCAUAUGAAAUAAAAAAAGAGGAUAUCGAUCACGUUGUUAAUCAUUUGGAUUAUAGGGAGAAGGGUGGAUAUGAAAGGGUUUCAAUUUUAUUUUAUCCAAUGGAUGAUAAAGCUCAUCCUUUUGAAAUAGUUAUAUAUCUGGCUAGUCAUGAUAAUCCACAAUUCGCUGGAUAUGCUGAUAUAAAAGAUAUAGCCAAUCAGGUAGUGAAAUGUCAUGGACCUAGUGGGGCAAAUAUUGAUUAUGUUUUGAAUCUAGCAAAAUCUAUGAGAACUAUAGCACCUGAUGUAGACGAUUCUCAUCUUUUUGAACUUGAGAAAGCUGUUUUGGCUCUCACCAAUGGUUAAUUGCCACGAAUACUUUUUGAUUAUAAAAUUUUGGAGAAUAUAUGAUACUUUAUUUUCAUAUCUGUAUACUUUAAAAAUUAUGAUUUUCAUGUGUUGUUUACUGAGGAAAUAAAUAAAUAUUGACGUCAUAUUAGAA